AUGAGCGACGAAGAUGAAACUGAUCAGGUGAGUAUUGAAGAGACGGACGAAGUGGAGGUUGAGGAGGACGAGGCGCAGGAGGAGGCCACAGAACAGCAAGAGGAGGAGCAGGAACUGCCGGAAGCGCAAGCCGAGCAGGAAGCGCAGGAAGCAGAGGAGGAGGAGGAGCAGGAAGCGCAGCAUGAAGAGCAGCAGGCAGAAGAGCAGGAAGACCAGCAGGAAGAAGAGGAGGAGGAGCAAGAAGCGACAGGAGUGGCCAACGACGACUCCCCGAUAGAGGAAGCUGAAAAGCCCGGCCUACAGCCCGGAGAUUCCGUCAGGCUGAAGGGCUUGCAGUCCGACACAUCGAUGAAUGGCCGGGUGGGAAAAAUCCAGAGAAGGGAGCAUGCGGAAGACGGCGGACGCUUCCUAGUUGAACUGGGGACUCGUGGCGUUGCCCGUGUACGGGAGGCCAACCUCGAGAAGGUUGAACCUACUCGGCGCAGUGAGCGCCUUGCAAAGGCGAAGCCAGCACCUGCCAAGCGAAGCGAAAGAACGCCGAAGAAGGCAGAUCGCGUAAAG